GCUGAGUCGCUCCUUAAAAGCAGCCCGCGGGGAGCGCGGAGCCCGAAGAGCAGACGUGCUCGCAAGGCGGCGGGGCUUCGCGCACGCGGUUCCCAGCGCGGAGAGCCCGGGAGGGGACGGAGCGGGAGCCCAGGCUGCGCCCCCGCCGCGCCCCGACAGCCAGCGAUGCCCCGCAGCCUGCACGCCGCCGCCGUCCUCCUGCUCCUGUGCUUAAACGAACAGCCAGCCGCCUCGGCCCCGCUCCACGGAUCCAAGUGGAGCUAUUUUGGUCCAGAUGGGGAGAAGAGCUGGUCCAAGAAGUACCCAUCAUGUGGGGGCGUGCUGCAGUCCCCAAUAGACCUGCACAGUGACAUCCUCCAGUACGACGCCAGCCUUGUGCCCCUUGGGUUCCAAGGCUACAAUGUUUCUGCCAAUGAGCAGUUUCUCCUGACCAACGAUGGCCAUUCAGUGAGGCUGAACCUGCCCUCGGACAUGCACAUCCGGGGCCUCCGGUCCCGCUACAGUGCCGCCCAGCUGCACCUGCACUGGGGGAACCAGAAUGACCCUCACGGCUCCGAGCACACUGUCGGUGGGAAGCACUUUGCUGCUGAGCUGCAUAUUGUCCAUUAUAACUCGGACCUGUAUGCCAACGCCAGCACCGCCAGUAACAAGUCAGAAGGCCUCGCUGUCCUAGCUGUUCUCAUAGAGAUGGGUUCCUUCAAUCCAUCUUAUGACAAGAUCUUCAGGCACCUUCAAGAUGUCAAAUACAAAGGCCAAGAAGUGCUCAUUCCGGGUUUCAGCAUUGAAGAGCUGCUUCCUGAGAGGCCUGACGAAUACUACCGCUACAAAGGCUCCCUGACCACACCUCCUUGCCACCCCACAGUGCUCUGGACGGUUUUCCGGAACCCUGUGCAAAUUUCCCAGGAGCAGCUGCUAGCUUUGGAGACUGCUCUGUACUGCACACAUGUGGAUGACCCAUCCCCCAGAGAGAUGGUCAACAAUUUCCGGCGGGUCCAGAACUUUGACGAGAGGCUGGUGUAUAUCUCUUUCCGACAAGUUUCCUGGUCUGAAAACGUCAUCUGUGAACAAUGGUCCUUCUUAAACACAGAGAAUGUAUAUGAUGAUGACUGUCAACUUCUUUUCUAGGAAAACGCCUCAAAUGUACAGAUCAUCCCUUUGUGAUCUAGUUUGGAUAUAAAUUUCUCUUUUCCCAUUCCUCUAAAUGGAGUAGUAGUCAAGGGUAACUGGAAAAUACUUCAACUCUUCAAUAAAAUACAAAACAAAAAAACUACCUGGAGAUAAGGGACUUGGCCCACAUAGAUAAGGUAGAUCUUAUUUGUGAUUCAAGAUAAUAAUCAGAUCUCUUCUCUGGAUUGGUCUAUAUAAGUCACAGGGGAUACGGUCAUAAAGACUCCCCCUGCAGUCAGAAGACCUAGGUUCAAGGCUUCAAUUUGUUUCCUCCCUGCUGUAUGAUGUAAGCAAAUCAUGUCCUUUCUUUGGCCUUGGUUUCCUUAGCCAUAAAAUGAUAGGUUGGACAAGGUGAGCUAAUGUCCUUUCAACGUUAACAUGCUAUAGGAUUCGAAGUGGAUACUAACAACUGCCCAUCCUGACUUUACGUUGCAGGGACAGUGUUUGAGGGCAGUUACAAAGGAUCAGAAGAAACCACACAGGAACUUGAGUCUGACAUCCCAAAGUAACCUCCACUUGUAACAAUGGACUAUGGCACUGGGAAUAAUUAGCCAUCUUCUUAGACCAGCUCAGGUCUAAGUUGGCCCUCACAGAGUGGGCAGUGCAGUCAGGCUUGUAGCAGAGCGCUUCAGUAGACUCUCCCAGUCUGGCUGGGGAGCUUGAGGGGCCUCUUAGCAGAAGCCUGGAGACAAACUCCAAGCUCAGGGCAUCAAGAUCAAAGCCCAAAUGCAUCUUUGCCACUGCCCUUCCUGCACGGCUCACCCAGAACUGUUGCUUCCAAGAGCCCAGGCUGUGCCCGGCUCUCCCCUUGGAGUGAGAAACCCUGGCAGUCCAAGGCAAACCUGUUCAUUUGGAGGCUGAUUAUAGAAACUUGGCUAGAAUUGUCCCCUCCCACUUCUCGAAGACACAGGCAGCUACUGGGGCUGUUUCCCAAGGAACAAUGGGGAGGGCGGCCACAAAGGAGAGAGGCCCCAAACCUCACCCCCCCGGGGGCACCUGCAUUUAUGAAGGGCUCUCACACCAACUUGGAGGGGCCUCAGACCAUAACAUGCCAUUUCAGGUUUAUGGAGUGAGCGUGUGUCAGUGUGAACCUUUAGCAAUUGUGCUGAAUUAUCUGUAAACUUCCAUUAAGGCAAACUUGGAAUUAGGGCCUGAUUUAUUCAGAGCUUUCUCUGGAAGUUAACAGGAACUAUGGAGUUGGAACAUUGAGCCAGGAGAAAAGUGAUGUUAAGGAAAUCCUCUAGGAGAGAAAGUGCAAGGACUUUGAGAGUAGGCUCUGAGGUUUAGCCAAAUUGGAACAACUGGGACUAAAUCAUUUAACUUUACCAUGCUUCCUCAACUGUGCUUAGAAAAGGAAUAAAGAACUUAAUUUCUGUCCUUAAGAGGUAGUAAUCUGUCCUUAAGGGGUAGUCUAUGAUUUAGCCCUAGGGCAGGGUUUCUUAACCUUGGUGCUAUUGACAUUUUGGUCUGGAUAAUUCUCACUGGGGGCCGUCCUGUGCAUUGCAUUGCCCUCUCCCCACUAGAUGCCUAUAGCAUCCCCCCACUUUUGAAUGCCAAAAAUGUCUCCAGACAUUGCCAAAUGUCUCCAGGGCAUGAGGGGCAAAAUUGAGAACCACUACCCAGGAAUUACACGAUGAAUUUCCUAGGCCCAUGCUGAUUUUUUUUUUUUUUCACUUAUAUGACAGGAUUCUGGAGUUUUCUAUCAUAUGCCCUGAUCUUUCCUCUAUUACAGCAUGACAUUUUCAAACUGGUGAUGGCUACCCUUGAAACCGAAAGGUUGUUGGGUUACUAAGGUAGAACAACCAAACUCAAGAGAAACCCUGUUCCCUACCUUCCUUUAGAAUUUGAAUAUACUUGCUUUUUGUAUAAUUGGCUAUGUCCAAGGCCAAGAGAAGUGGACAGGCGAGAACUAUCCACCCUUAAGAGAAGCAUACAAACCCCUUUAUCAGGGCUCCAGAUGCCUCCGAGGCAGCAAUUUGCUUCGGAAACUCGUUAUCAUUUUUCUCCCUCGCUUUUAUACCAUUUUUUCUCUCAUGUGUGUUGUGUUUCUUGUUGCCUUUAGUUAAAAUGACCACUCUUUAUGGAGAGGUGAAAGUCAUGUCAGGCACUUUUUUUUUAAGCUCUUGUGAAAGUGCCUCUUCCAAGGGGUACAAAUGGAGGACUUGAGCUGAAGAGGGGAGAUAAGAGUCAUUGCCCUCAAGGUGGGACCCCAGAGAGGGGGGAGACAUCCUGUGGCCAGACCAGAUCUCACAGGAGUCAGAUGCCCUCUGUGAAGAAGGAGAAAGAUGGCACGGGCAGAUUUACAGCCCAGGAGCCUGAUUCUUAGUUCCUUCACGUUGACCUAUUCCAAGCUAAAGAUAGCAACACUGGGUCCUGACGGUGGUGGGUAAUAAAGCAAGAGCCUAACGAACCUAAAUGCUAAUGUUAUCUAGUCCUAUUUUUAAUAUACCAGGGCCAGGGACACUCGAGGGACAAGGGGAAGCCAAAGAGUUUCUAUAAUCAUGCGUUAGUGGGCUUUCGCUGAGCAACUGCAUGUUCCCCACUGCAGAGCCCAGAGCCAGCUGAGGCACUCUUAGACAAGAGCGCUGGACAGUAGUGGGGCAGGGCUUUGACCUGUGCUAAAUCUGUGGAGUCGCACGAUUAGAAUCCGCUUGACCCUUAGAGACCUGGGGAGUUUUAUAAAACCUUUAAAAAGAGGAAAAACUCUUACAAAGCUAAGAUGGCUAAUUAUCUACUUUUUGAGACUAGACUGUAUGCUUUGUGGUUAUUGACCUCUUGUUUCUAAAAGUUCCUAUUUUUAAAUAAAAACUAUUAGUGGAAAGUAUCAAGUCUACUGAGACAUCCAAAUGGAAGACAGAGGGGUUCCCACCUUCCAAUUCCCCUGGAUCCAGGGGGCUGAACAGUCAGGAGUAAUUGUCAAAUGUGCUACAAAGUCCCUAGUCCCUUCAUCUGGUGCAAUUCAACACACCACAUGUUUCCUCAGCAUACCCCAAGCCGAGCAUUAUGGAGAACAAAAACCUCACUGUGGGUGUUCUCUUGCUCCUUAAAAACAAGCCUCUGGCACAGGGCAGACCAGGUGGAAAGUCAGAAAGCUGGACCCACCCACGGCAAGGUGGCCCCAGCUAUCUUUCCGGCAUUUCUCCCCCUGGCACCCGUCCAUGCCCUGCAGGGCCUCCCUUAGCAAGGCACUGCUUUUACAUGUGGACAUGAUUUACUUUUGCACACGACUCCCUUUGCCGGCGAUGCCCCUCAGCUUUCCACCUGGAAAAUUCUUUCACGACCCCACUCUAAUGUCAUGCCAGAAAUCUUCCCUGUUCCCCUGAAGGUGACUUACAGUCUCUUUCAAUGCGGCUGGAACAACCCGUUCAUCUCUGUUAUGGUUCUUAGCAUAGCGCAGGAUAAUGAUUUACUGCUGUACGGAAAAAGAAAAACAAUGUCUAGAUUAUCCACACACUCCAAGACCCUAAGGACAGGGACUCACUUUUGUGGCAGGCAUCGUGCCUGGUGCUCAUUACAAGUUUGAGAGGAUAUAACCAAGCCAGCUCCCUUCCGCUCCCCUCCCCAGGCUCUUCUCUGCAGAAUGAUUUGAACAUAAGCCUGGCCAGGGGUCACCUUUUAGUUUCAAGUCUUCUUUUGCUUUGUUUCAGGUUGCCAACAGGCAUUCAAAUCAAUCCAUUGGUUUAAGAAGCCUUAAAGAUCAGAACUUAGCCGGCAAGUUUCAAAGUCUUAGGAGAGAGUCGCCUAGGGAUGCUGUCAGGCUUUUUCUGUUGCUCUGGCCUGAAAGGAGUAAGAGGCCCCUGUGCCACCACCUACCUUUCCUUCACCACAGACAGCCUGUGCCUGGCCACUGAUGGGAGCGGAGCGCACUAAACCCCCAGUGCUGGGAUUGGAACCCACGCCUACUGCCCCAGGAUUCAGGCCCCUCAGAGCAAUGUGUGGCUUUCUGUCCUGGGCCUACAAUCCUGCCAUCUGGAGGGCAAAGCCCUCAGUCCCUAUCAUGGUUGUAGAAAACCAGCACCCUGAUGUAAUGUGGUGGCAUCCUUUUGGCAGAUCUGUAGAAAUUAUUUCUUUUUGGGGUUCCAUAGUGUCAAUAAAAAAGUCCUCCAGUUAAAUAUGUUCUCCAAAGAUAGUUAUGUUCUGUAGUCACUGAGGGCGUCUUCCUUGCUUUUCUUACCAAAGCAUCAUCCAAAGAGAGGACUAGCAUUUCAGUUACUUCACUCUAUGACUUGUAUUAAGCAUAAUAAUAAGAGCUUUUAUCAUCUCAAACUGGAUUUUAUGUAUUUAAACUAUCAAAUCCCUGCUAAGCCAAAGCUCUUCUUGUCUCUUUUAUAAGACUGGAGACUGCUAAAGAGGCAUAUACAUAUGUAUACACGUGUAUGUAACUAUGUAAAAUGUCACUUACCAAAAUAGGCUAUACUUUAAUAUUUUUUUAAUGUUUAUUUAUUUUGAGAGAGAGAACAAGCAUGACCAAGGGAGAGGCAGUGAGAGUGGGGGAGAGAGAAUCCCAAGCAGGCUCCAUGCUAUCAGCACAGAGCCUGACACGGGGCUCGAUCCCACAAACUGUGAGAUCAUGACCUGAGGCGAAAUCAAGAGUUGCAUGCUCAACCGAUUGAGCCACCCAGGCGCCCCUAAAAUAACAUUUUGAAAGGAAUAGCAAUAAGGAUUGUAUUCCUCUUUAUUUAAAAUUCUGUUUGAAUAAACAGAAUUGCAAAUAGAUCUCGAAAAUGCUAGAGUUGUUCCAGGAACGGCAAGCUGUGUGAACGAGGGGCUUGUUCCUUCUGCUGGGCUUUUCUGUGUCUGCACUUGAGGCUUCAGAAGACCUCAAAAGCAGUUAACCAGCAUCCCUCGGUCCAGCGAGAUACCAGUGGAAGAUCCAGCUCCUGAGCCAGCAACAACAGGUAGCAGCGCCCCUGUGGCAAUCAGCUUGUCUGCCUUCUCUGGGAUCUGUACCCUCCUGGGGGAGGCAUGUGACAACCGGAUUCUUCUGUAUCUGUGUGAUUUCAUUCUCUGUGUCAUACUGCCCUAUCUUUGCUCACCCUGAUCCGUACCAGAGCACUUUCUAGAUAGCAGAUAGCUCUCACAUCUGUAUGGCAUGCACCCUCUUAACCAACCAGCUCGGAAGCCCCUUCGUCGUGUUCUCAUGCAGUAGCUCUUGUGGGCCAUCUCCGUCAAGCAGCCUGUCUCUGUUUCUCCUGUCUCACUGUUCUUCAGUGGGAACUGCCUGUAUUAGUCGCCAUAUAGAAACCAAUCCAUUUCUUUGUUUAAUCUGCCGAUGAAUUUCUCUGGCUGUGUCCCUCCCAUCAUCAACUGUGUUCCCU